UCUAAAGGUUUCCUUCGUAGUUGCUCUCACUUGCGAUUAGUCGUUUCCCAGCGGAACUUUGCUGUUAUUCUGCACCCUCGCACGCAGGCUGUCACACUGGAGCGAAAUGAUUGUUCUUUCCAUAUUUACGUUCAUGGACAAAAGCUAUUAUUAACAUAGGACUACUUUCUACGAUCAAAAUGAAGAAAAGUGGAAUAAAACGCUCGCAUACUGAGUGGUAGGACUGAAGAAACCUUUCUUUCAACCCAUCAAGUGCCUGAGGGAGCAGAGGUCAAAUGGCAAAGUGGCUCAAAGACUAUUUGAGUUUUGGGAGCAGGAGGAUGCCUCCUCAGCCACCCAAACCAGACUACACAGAGAGUGAGAUACUGAAAGCCUAUCGGGCUCAGAAGAAACUAGACUUUGAGGACCCAUACGAGGACUCUGAGAACCGGGCCAGAAACGAGUCUGGGUCCUCAGACUCCUCCUACCCUGCCUUUGGUUCUCCUCUGAAGUCCGCCAGCCUGGAUAUGAAGGUUGUAUCUCCCAAACAUCGCCUCAUCAAGAUGGACUCUCAGGACCUGGGGCGAACUAAGAUCUUACUGAGUGCCGUCUCCCUAGAAGAUCAAGAGCCUGUGGUUCCGUCAGCCCCAGCAGUAAGAGAUGCAGAUUAUUCUGAUCCGUUUGAUGCUCACACAAACCCCCAGCCAGAGUCUGAUCUGGGACCUGUGCACUGCGAGAACAACGGCUACAUGGAGCCUUACGAGGCCCAACGCGUCAUCACAGAGUUGCAGCACGGUCCCGGAGUGGGUCGGACACAAGGCGAGGUGCAGCUCUACGACACUCCCUAUGAGAAGGGGCGGGGGCGGCCGCUAGGGGUGGGGCUGGGGUACAGCAACCCCCUGGAGGAAGGCAGGGAGAGCCGGUUGCCGCAGGAUGACGAGCGGCCAGCAGACGAGUACGACCAGCCAUGGGAGUGGAAAAAGGAGAACAUCUCUAAAGCCUUUGCAGUGCAGUUUGAUGGUGCUGAGUGGGAACGGUCCUCGUCCCCCACCGAGCGCCUGCGUCCACCCAGGUCCAGUCCCCUGGCAGGAGGGAGCAUGAAGUUCCGGAUGCCCUGCUCUGACCCUCACAACAUGAUGGGGGAGAGAGUAGACCCCACCCUGCCCCUGGAGAAACAAGUGUGGUACCACGGGGCACUGUCGCGGUCAGAGGCAGAGUCUCUGUUGACCCUGUGUAAGGAGUGUAGCUACCUGGUGAGGAACAGCCAGACCAGCCUCAACGACUACUCUCUCUCACUACGGAGCUGCCAAGGCUUCAUGCACAUAAAGUUCAGCCAGUGUAAGGAUGGGAAGUACGUCCUGGGGCAGAACAGCCUGCCAUUCAACACCAUCCCAGAGGUCAUCCACUUCUACACCACACACAAGCUACCAAUCAGAGGAGCCGAACACCUGUCUCUGCUCUUCCCUGUGCUCGUACAGACACUCUGAUUUGCUGGGACAAUGGUCCUGGAAUCCUAGGUCGCAUCCGCUGGCUUGUCAGUACCUUCACAGACCUUCUCGUUUCUGUUGUGCCAAAUCUCUGUGAUCUGGGAACAGAUUCAUAUGAAACGCAAUACCUGGACUGUACCAACACCUUCUCUCUGUAGCCUACCUGGGAUGCUAUCUGGACUGACUGUUUCAGAAUGAGCUUCUCACUGAGCUAGUGCUGCUGCCUGUACUGCUCCACUGGUUGACAGUCUGAGGGGAAACGUGGUUCUACUCACACAAACCUUUGUUGAUUUGAUUCUCUCUGUACUGUUAAGUAAACCUAUUUGUCAAUGCUUUAUGUUGACGAACUGGUGUCAACCCGCAUCACUUACUGUAUGGCUGUUGUAGCAGCAGCUGUGUCUGAUUGUACUACUGUUGCCGUGUGGUUGUCAUAUGAUCUGUUUGUCUGGACACUGUCAAUGACUGGUUGCAGUGCUCUGUAGUUGACCAGAACCAUUUUCAAUGGCGAGACAAAGGUUUAAACCGCCAUAUAAAUGACCAUAUCAGUGGUAAUGGGUGUUAUGGUUGAAUUCUUAUUCUUAUUAUCUGGGUCGUCAUAAUCAAUGGCAUUGUUGUCGUCUCUGACUGUAAUUAUGGAUAAGACGUUUUCUCAUUUACCUGCUGUGUUAAACAAUAAAGAGUUUCUUAAAGA